AUGUCCUAUUAUAAGUUUCUCCAAAAUCAGAACGAUACUGUUGUCUACAUUCUACGACCCCUACCGACGGUCGCGAUUUCCGCUACUAGUAUAGUGACUCAAUCUACCGUUGAAUUGACAAUCGCUUACUUCAACUUCUCGCCGUACAAUUCAACCCCGUCGUUACCAAUCACCGCCGUCGGGUCUCCGGACAACCAUCUCCGCAUUGCGCCAUGCCUCCGCGCGCCAGAAGAGGCGGGGCUCGCAAGACCCCCGCAUCCACCUCUGCUCGCGGAAAGGCUUCCCCUGCCGCCGCCGCUUCCCCCGCUUCCCAGCGCCGAUCUUCCGACAGUCCCAGCGUUGCUGAGGUUCCUAUCGCUGCCCGCGUCACCAGCAGGAAAGGCCGCCGCAGGGGCAGUAGCAUCACCGGUGGCACGGAAAGCAGGGAAGGCAGGGAAAGCGGGGAAAGAAGGGGAAGCGGGGAAAGAAGGGGAAGCGGGGAAAGGAGGGGAAGGAGGGGAAGCAGAGGAGACGGUCAAACAGGAAGACCCAGACGAGGCUGUAGAGAGAGGGGACGAGGGGGACGCGGGCGAAGAGCAGGGGGUUCAGGUGAGGAGUCUCCAGCAGAGGGGGAGCAGCAACGGCGGGGCGCGCGCAGAGCACGCGGAGAAGGCAGGGGGCGAAGCAGCGGUGCAGGGGCUCGCGGACGGGGUCGUGGGGCGCGGGGGAGGGGGGGGAAGGCUGGCAGGCGGAGCGGGGAAAGGGGGAAGGGGCGGGGGAGGUGCUGGGGGCGGGGGGGCGGCGGGAGGGGCGGGGAGAGGCGGGGAGGAGCUUCAGGAGGUGGUGCAUGAGGCUGGGGCGGCGGGGAGUGCGAUUGUGAGGGAUGAGAAGGCGUUGGACUCGGUUGUGAAGGUGUUCUGCGUGCACACUGACCCUAACUUCUCCCUUCCCUGGCAGCGCAAGAGACAGUACAGUUCCAACAGCAGCGGGUUCAUCAUUGAGAACCGCCGCGUGCUUACCAACGCUCAUUCGGUGGAGCACCACACGCAGGACGUGCAGCCGUGGCCCAUUCACCCACUCAUCUCCCUCCUCACCCCGCCCACCUCCCACUUUUCCCCUUCUCGUUCCCCCGCUGCACCCACUCAUAUGAAUGCAGCGCUGCUGUCGGUGGAGGACGAUGAGUUCUGGAAGGACGUGCAGCCACUUAAGCUCGGGUCUCUCCCGCACCUGCAGGUAUGGUUAGGUUCUCUCCCGCAUUUCCAGGACCCAGUGACAGUGGUGGGAUACCCCAUAGGCGGAGACACCAUAUCAGUCACGAGUGGAGUGGUGUCGCGAAUUGAGGUGACAGCAUACGUGCACGGGGCAUCAGAGCUGCUGGGCGUGCAGAUCGAUGCCGCCAUCAACUCGGGCAACUCGGGCGGGCCGGCGUUCAACGCGGCGGGCGAGUGUGUGGGGAUUGCCUUCCAGUCGAUGCGAGGCGACGAGGCGGAGAACAUCGGGUACAUCAUCCCCACACCCGUCAUCAACCACUUCAUCUCCGAUUAUGACCGCAAUGGCCACUAUACCGGUAGGUUUUUCCAUCCUGGGGGUGGAGUGGCAGGACAUGGAGAGCUGGGUAUGGGUGGAGGCGAGGCAGGUUUCCCCAUCCUGGGGGUGGAGUGGCAGAAGAUGGAGAAUCCAGUGCGCAAGGCGCUGGGCAUGGAGGCGGGGCAGAAGGGCAAACGUUCACUCACCUCAGCCCGCCCCUGCUCCCAUGCCCACCCCAUUCUCACUCCCUCCUGUCCCCUUUACUCCUCAGGGUUCCCUAUCCUGGGAGUGGAGUGGCAAAAGAUAGAGAAUCCAGACAUGCGUAAGGCGCUGGGCAUGGAGGCGGGGCAGAAGGGCGUGCGGGUGAGGCGCGUGGAGCCCACCUCGCCUGCCGCGCAGCUGCUUCAGACGUCCGACAUCAUACUGUCCUUUGAUGGCGUUGCUGUCGCAAACGAUGGCACAGUGCCUUUCCGCAAGGGCGAGCGCAUAGGCUUCAGCUACCUGGUGUCUCAGAAGUACGAGGGUGAGACGGCACAGAUCAACGUGCUGAGGGCCGGCAAGGUGCUGCAGCUGGAGGUGGAGCUGAGGAGGCACAAGCGGCUCGUGCCCGUGCACAUCGCAGGGCUGCCACCGUCGUAUUUCAUUGUUGCGGGGAUUGUCUUCACUUGGGUCACUGUUCCGUACCUCCGGGCUGAGUACGGCAAGGACUAUGAUUAUGAUGCGCCGGUGAAGCUGCUGGAUAAGCUGAUGCACCGCAUGAGACAGUCGGACGACGAGCAAGUGGUCGUCAUCUCACAGGUGCUGGUGGCGGAUGUGAACAUCGGGUAUGAGGACGUGGUGAACACACAGGUGGUGGCGUUCAACGGCGUGCCAGUGAAGAACCUGCUGCAGCUCGCUCGCCUCGUGGAGGAGUGCACCGAGCCCUUCAUGCAGUUUGACCUCGACUACGACCAGGUAUUGGUGCUGGAAACAGCGAAGGCCAAGGAUGCGACACCUGACAUUCUUGAGAUGCACUGCAUCCCAUCCCAUUGCUCCAAGGACAUCAAAGAAGGCCAUCUGUCCACAGUUGUGUGA